AUGGGAAAGCAAAGCUCAGCUGGCCUUGAAUUAGGAAAAGGCCACCCAUGUCUUCAAGCUGGGAGUAGUGGAAAAUUCUGCAGAACAACCAUACAGAAGAGCCUGACAGAAGAUAUGUUCAAUUCAGAUGUUCAGCAGGAACACUUGAAGCAGUUCUGCAACAAGGAGGCUCUGGGGCUCCGAGAGGUUUGCCGCCGACUCCAUGCUCUCUGUCAUCAGUGGCUGCAGCCAGAACGACAUACAAAGGCCCAGAUCCUGGACCUGGUGAUCUUGGAGCAGUUCCUGUCUGUCCUUCCUCUGGAGAUGGCAGCCUGGAUCAAGGAAUGUGGGGCAGAGACCAGUUCCCAAGCAGUGGCCCUGGCUGAGGGUUUCCUUCUGAGCCAGGCAGAGGAGAAGAAACAGAAAAAGCAGCAGGAGGUCAUUGUAAAAGAGGCUGGGAACUGUCCUAUGGCAAAGAGUUUCUCAGGCUCUGGAAAGAGAGUACGGUCCAGGAGGAUUGUACAGCUGGAUGAUCGAAGCAUGACCAAAAUAGGCAAGGAAAAACAGUCAUGGCCAAAAUGUCACAGCUCAUCUGCUCUUACUGUUGAUACACUGAGAACAACUGCUGUGAGCCUGGAUCAGGUCACCUUUGAAGAGGUGGCUGUGCAUUUCAGCGAGGAGGAAUUGAGCUUUCUGGAUCCAGACCAAAUGGCUCUGCAUAGGGAAGUCAUGGAGGAGAAUUUGGAGACUGUGGCCUCCCUGGGUGGUGAUGUGAGUGGGGGUGAAGAAGGAAGUGAGUGUCUUGUAUGUGAAAGAAACGUCAGCUGCAAAGCAAACCUUAAUCUUCACACAGGAACUGACAAAGGGGAGAAAUCUUUUAGGGAUGGUGAGGGUAGAAAGACUGAAAAUUAUAGGGAAAACCUGACUUCCAAUGAAACAUCUCAAAUAACAGAGAAACCGGUUAAGUGUAUGAAAUGUGGCAAUAGUUUUAGGUGUAGGUCACAGUUUAUGCCAUACCAAAGAUUGCACUCAAGGGAGAAAUCAUUAAUAGGCUUAGAGUGUGGAAAGAGCUCAAGUGAAAAGACACACCAAACUUGCAUUGAAGAAGGACAUACAGAGGAGAAACCUUUUAAAUGCUUGGAAUGUGGGAAAAGCUUCAGUCGGAAGAUAAGCCUCAUUCGUCAUCAAGCAGCUCACACAGGAGAGAAGCCAUUUAAAUGCUUAGAGUGUGGAAAGAGCUUCAAGCAGAAGGCACAUGUAACUUCUCACCAAGCAGUUCACACAGGGGAGAAACCCUUUAACUGUUUGGAAUGUGGAAAGAACUUCUCCUGGAAGAAAAAUUUCAUCCGUCAUCAGGCAACUCACACAGGGGAGAAGCCUUUUAAAUGCUUGGAAUGUGGAAAAAGUUUUCGUAUGAAGCAAAGCCUUACAGCUCAUCAAACAAUUUAUGCUACACAGCAACCAUUUAAAUGCAUGGACUGUGGGAAAAGUUUCAGUUGGAAGAGGACCCUUGUCCAACAUCAAUUAUCCCACACUGCAGAGAAGCCUUUUAGAUGCAUGGAAUGUGGGAAAAGUUUCAGUUGGAAGAGAAGCCUUGUAGAUCAUCAAGCAACUCAUGUACCUGAGAAACCAUUUCAGUGCCAGGAAUGUGGAAAAAGCUUUAGCUGGAAGUCAAACUUCACUCGUCAUAAAUUAACUCACUCUGUGGAGAAACCAUUUAAGUGUUUCAAGUGUGGAAGAAGUUUCAGUCAGAAAAUCCAGCUCACUUCUCAUGAAGCAGUUCACACAGGAAAGAAACCAUUUGAAUGCCAGGAAUAUGGGAAAGGUUUCAGUCGGAAAAGUAACCUUGCUGGUCAUCAGUUAGAUCAUACUGGGAGAAACCCUUCAAAUGCUAAGAGUUUUGAAAGAGUUUAAUUCAGAAAAGACAAAUUACUAUCCAUCAAUUAACUCAUGCAGGAAAGACACUAUUUAAGUGUCAAGAAUGAGUUUUAGAAAAUUAACUUUGCUGGGGGAAAUUUCAGUCAGAAAACGUAUCUUACUUUUAAUAAAUCUGCACACAGGGAAAAUCCAUUUAAAUGCCAGGAGUAUGGAAAUGAUGUCAAUCAAGAACAAACAGUUAUAAACUGUUCUCAAAGGGGAAAGUGCAUAUAAAAUACUUGGAGUUUAGUUUUAAAAAAUCCUCUUCAAAGAGUUCAUGGGAGAAUCCAUUGAACCUGUUUAAAAAUUUAGAACUUGGAAAAAGGCAUAGGAGGACAAGGUACCUUUUCACAUCAAAGAAUUUCCAAAGGAUGUGUUAUGGUAGAGAAAGCUCAUAUUGAUUUAAAAAAUGAUAGGACAAGGAGACCCCAGAUACAAACACUGAGACCAUCAGUACAAUGUUAGGUGAAAUACUUGAAAAAUCAACUGUGUUGUUUGAAUGUCCGCCUUCACAAAAUUCUAGAAUCAACAUGGGGAAAAUACUAUAAUAGGUUAAUUAGAAGUGGUCUAGGACAAUAUCAAGCCAGGGGGAACAUGGGGCUUUUGGCCCAUGCGUUGAGCCUUCAAAUUUGCAGAUGACACCAAAUUAGGAGGAGUAGCUAAUACCCCAGAAGAUAGGAUCAAGAUUCAAACUGACCUGAAUAGACUAGAAAGCUGGGCCAAAGCUAAG